UAAGAGAGCUGAAAAAGAAAGUGACCAACAAGGCACACGUUGAGGCUUCAAUUUGUCAAGCGUAUCUUCAACAAGAAAUCUCAACGUUCUCGUCUUUUUACUUCGAGCGUGACGUCAUCACCAGAAGGAAGAGACCUGCCCGGAACGAUGACAUUGGCGAGGAUUUAUAUGAAAAUCUAGUUUCCAUCUUCAAUUACCCAGGCAGAGGUAAAGGUGCUGCGACACAACGAUACAUCCUGGGUGGGGAAUUGCAAAUUGCGCAUACUUAUAUCCUCAUGAAUUGUCCAGAAAUCUCACCGUUUUAUCAUGAAUUCCGAGCUUCUUUAUCAGCCUUUCCUGAUAAUGAAAUUGAUGCGUUGGUGGACUCUGAUUUUGUAAAUUGGUACAAGUAUCAGAUCAAUAGUCGUGGGAUUGUCGACCCUUUGUUAGUAUCAUUAGCGUGGGGUCCAGGUGCCAGUGCCAAAGUGUGGCGGCAAUAUGUGAUAAACGGUUACACAUAUCACACAGCCGAUUACGGAGAGGGCCGACCAACAACGAACAGCGGGUUAUGUGUCCCGACCAUCGGUUAUGAUAACUCGGAAACCAAAUUUUUUGGUGUCCUGCAGGAGAUUCUGGAACUUGAGAUGCCUUCUUGUGCGAAAAAAUUGACAUGCGUUCUGUUCCGUUGCACAUGGGUCGACCCCACACGUGGCGUGCGCAAAAAUCCGAAGUAUAAUAUGAUUGACGUCAACCUCUCUCGUGUGUACCCAAAAAAUGAGCCUUUCAUACUCGCCCAACAAGCAGCGCAGAUUUAUUAUGCAGAAUAUCCUUCAACAAGGCGGACACAGAAUCCUUGGGUGUGUGCAUGUCCUGUCCGUCCGAACAAAAUAAAAUCACAAACUCAACACAAGGACGUUGAUCUAGAUGCUUUUCAGCAACAAUUUUUCCAACCUCCGCCUAUUGUUGAGACGGUCAACUAUAACGUUCAAUUAAGUGAUCCAAAUGGCGGACGUGUUGAAGUCAUGCCAGAAACGCACCUUCCGGACCCAACCAUUCCAUCUGAGCGCGAAAUUGAGGAAAUGUAUGUAGCACAACAAAAUGCUCAAUAUCAGGAAGAAGGUGAAUGGAUAGACGGUUCAGAUACAGAAGAAGAUACUGUAUAUGUAGAAAAUGACGAUUCUGAUAGCGAAUAAUUGUGCUGUUGUAAUUUCAAUUUUAUUGACUUCUAAUAUUUGUGCAGAUUUCUUCAUCAUUAU